GCUCCUGGGUGUCGCUACGUCUUAUCUUUCUAAGUGAAGCCCGCACGUCUGCUGUGAGGACGACUCUACGUUGUUGCUUGGUAGAUCCGACAGGAAGGCUUAAGCCAUCUGAAGAAGAUUGCCGGUCAAUAAUAUUCAGGAAACCCCAAGAUAAAUCAUCUCAAGUGCCCCUCAUAACAAGAUGUGAACACCUCGAAUUAUCGGGUUAUGUCAAGGAUGACUCUUUUACUGUGCAAUGCCCUUCAGGUUUUCAAGGAACUACCAGAUGUAGCAACGGUCUCCCUGAAAGAAGUGCAUCUCCCACCCUCUAACUUGCACCUGCAAUUUGCUCAACUCCUUCAGAGCGAGACCGGAGCGGACGUCACAUUUCUCGUGUCCGGUGAGUCUUUUGCUGCGCACAAGCUCAUCCUCGCCGCAAGGUCCACUGUUUUUAUGGCCGAGUUCUUUGGAGACAUGAAGGAGAAGUGCUCUCAGAGUGUGGAGAUCGAGGACAUGGAGGCUACCGUAUUCAAGGCCCUUCUUCAGUUCAUCUACACCGACACCGUGCCAGAAUUCGGACAACAGGUAGAGGCAGAUGUGGAGGCCAUCUAUACCGACACAGUGCCAGAAUUCGGACAGCAGGAGGCGGCGGUGACGGUGAUGGCUCAGCAUCUCCUUGCUGCCGCUGACAGGUAUGGACUGGACAGGCUCAAGCUCAUUUGUGCAGGCGAGCUCUCUGGUGGCAUCAACGUCAACACAGCAGCGACAACUUUGGCUUUAGCCGACCUGCACAACUGCCCGGAGCUCAAGGCGAGGUGUGUUGAGUCCAUCAUCAGAACUUGUGCCGCUCUUGAUGCUGUGUUGGCGACAGAGGGGUAUAAGCACCUGGAGGCAAGCUGCCCUUUGGUGGUGAUUGACCUUUUCAAGGCUGCGCGUGGGAGAAAAAAUUGAAGCAUAUCUUGCUUGCGCUUAUGAAUCAAUAUCGUCUAUCUACGCUGCUGCCACACAAAUGUUGUGCGCUUCACUCUUGAGUAUAAUGUGAGUUCUUAUGAGCACGUUGUCACUGAAAUUGGGAACAAAAUUCAGAAAAUCCCACCGAACACUGUUAGGUGGCAAUGAUAUUAAUCCCCCUCCUGUAUGGCGUUGGUGUGUGCUUUUUAUGAUUUCCAUGGCUCCCUGAUUCAUGGGGUUUGAUAUUA